AUUGCCUAGCACAUCCAGAACUUUCUAGACGUAAAGCACGAGAACAGACAGGCGGGCUAAUGGCAAGCGAUAAGAGUUUUACUGACCGCUUCAUAGACGCGGACCCAACGCGAGCUCUUGAGGAGCUGAAUGUGGCUUUAGGUGAGACGGCUAAUAAUGCAGAAUGGCUGUGUCAGCGAGCAUAUGCGCACAUCCUGCUCAAAGACUAUAACAGAGCAGUUGAUGACGCUAAAAAAGCCCAGCAGCUUCAGCCUGGUAUGUCACUUGCAUUCCUGAGAACAGGAAUUGCAGAAUAUCAUCUUGACAACAUCAGUGCUGCACACCAGGCUUUCACAGCUGGAAAAGGACUUGAAGGUGCUAAUGAAGACUUUCAAACAUGGAUCAAGUGUUGUGAAGAGAAAAUGGCAACACAAGACCAAAAUGGAACCUCAAAUUUGCAGCAAACUGCAACUCCACAUGUCAAACGUGACUGGUACCAGACAGAAUCUCAAGUUACUGUCACACUAAUGGUCAAAAAUGUCAAGAAGGAAGAAGUUCACAUCACAUUUAAGGAGAAGGAGUUGAAAGCAAUGCUGAAACUUCCAUCUGGUGAGGAUUACUGCCUAAAUAUCCACCUUCUACACCCUGUGGUUCCUGAGCAGAGCACAUACAAGAUCUUCUCCACCAAGGUUGAGAUAAAAAUGAAGAAGACAGAAGGCAUCCGGUGGGAGAAGCUGGAAGGCGAAAGCAUCCUUCCAAACUUGAAGCACUUUUCUCCCUCUCCGAACCAAUACCCAUCAUCCUCCCACUACACCCGCAACUGGGACAAGUUGGUGGGUGAUAUUAAGGAGGAAGAGAAGACUGAGAAGCUCGAAGGAGAUGCAGCACUGAACAAGCUGUUCCAGCAGAUCUACUCUGAUGGCUCAGAUGAGGUCAAGAAGGCCAUGAACAAGUCCUUUAUGGAAUCAGGAGGCACAGUUCUCAGUACUAACUGGACAGACGUGGGCAAGCGGAAAGUAGAUGUUAAUCCCCCUGAUGAUAUGGAAUGGAAGCCGUAUUGAAGGAACUUGGCAUGAUGAUUUCAACAUAACAUACAGUUCCAUAAUCACCUCACAGCACUGGCCUUCCCUUCAUUAUGUGCACAUUAUGUCCUGUUCACAUUCGGCCUGUCCUUCAGACCUAAUUGCAUAAAUCUGGGACUAACAGUUGUGGUGAGCACUUGUUUAUCGCUCAUAAUUAUUCCCCCUCUACAUUGAAGAUUGAUCAAGGAUGAAAGUUCAUCAGUGUCUCAGAACCACCUCCUGAUGUUUUUAGAUGUCUGCUACACCUGCAAGAUUUCUUUACCCUUUUUUAAUAGUCUGUGAUGUGGAGACUGGCUGUCUGGAACAUCUUGUCUUUGACAUUAUUCAACCUGCUCAAGUAUCACUCGUCACUUGUCAAGUAGCCUUGCAUCGGUAUACAUAUUGGCCAUUUUUACAAUGUAUUUCAGGGGUUGUGGUUUCCUUGAAUGAAUAUUAUUCAAACACAUUGUAAAUAAAUUUUUCUCUGGGUCUGGAAA